AUGCUGGAUUCGCUGGACACGGAUAGCGAUGACAGUCUAGACGGAGAAAGCAUCGAAAAAGAUGACACGUUACGCUUCGAAGAUAAAAUCAAACUCCAUCACUUGAAAGAGCUGAUGAGACGGUUCGCUCGCCACGAACCGACAGACGACAUGCCGCCUGAUGGCUUCGUUACACCCGGUAGAAUCAUCAAGAGAGAGUCGGGUAACGUCACCGUGAAAGAGUUCAAAGAGAUGAUACAGAGUCUCUUCAAGACAACGGCAUGGGAUAACCAGAUGGAGAAUCUGUUUGCUAAGGUUGAUACAUCAGCAGACGGCAUGGUGGACUGGAAUGAGUUCUGUACCUACAUGUUACUGCAUUAUCGUGAGAAUGAUAACAUCAAAAGAGAGCUUCCCUUGACCUAUGAACCUAAUAUCCGACACAUCACACAAAAUAGAAACUGGGAAGUGGACAAGUGUACGGUGCAAGAGAUCAUCCAGUGUGUUAUUGCACUCUGUAACCCUCCACGAUAUGUCACACUCAGUAAGGAGGGAAUCCUUUGUUGUCUCGAUGCACACUUCCUUCACAUCGAGAAAAGUUACGAGAUCAAGAAUGAGAAGGAAGAUCUUCGAGCAUCUAAGAGGCGCUGUAAGACGUGGUACACUGACAUUACAUACAUGGGGAACACUAACAAACUGGUCAUUAGCUCGACAGGGAGGGAUCUUAGAUUCUGGGAUGUCUCCUGCCCAACAUUCUUUGAGGAAUUCCAUUUGUAUGCUUUGCCGGAUGUUCCUGUCUGUUUAGAUUACUGGUAUGAUAAGAAAAACCCGACCAAGGAGUCUCUACUCAUCGCUGGCGAUGAUCAUGGCUCCGUCCAUCUCUACCAUUUCACCAAACCUCUGGAGAGGCUGUUUGAAACGCCGUUUACGGACAAGGAAGGAGUCAAGAAAAUAUGGGCUCAGAAUCUGCAUCAUCACCAGCGAUACGUAAGACACACCUUGAUCUCAAGGGUCCACAGCGAGAUGAUACGGAAGGUGGUGUACAUCCCUGAGAAUGACUCCAUCAUGUCAUCUAGCGGUAGUAGUAAGACGUCUCUCGUCUUGAUGGAUACGCAGGGGAAGAAGAAAUCUUACACAUUCAAGAUCAACAAGGGAGUCGAAUGUUUUGAUUUCAACAAGACGCUAAACGUCAUAGCAACAGGCAGUAUCAACCACCACGUGUAUUUGUGGAAUCCAUUCGUUCAAGAGAGGGCCACAGCAUGUCUCAUGGGUCACAUGAUGACGGUUGUGGGCGUGGCUAUCAACGAAGUCACUACACAGCUUUACAGUUAUGCAAAAGAUGGGGUGAUUAAAGUAUGGGACUUGAAGGAGUAUUCCUGUCUCCAGACGUUCCAAGUCCGUUUCCCCUGCCUUCAGCAUCUUAGAUCCCCAGAGUACGGUACAAGUUGUCUCCUCCUCCAUCAACAGUCUCUCAUUGCAUGCUGCGGUGAUCACAUCGGUACCUUGAAACUGGGCAAGACGGAGUUUGCUAAUCACAAGAUGGCGCUGACACACAAGACGCAACUCUGCUGCGCUAUCUAUAACUCCUUCUUCAAACAGGUGGCAACAGGGGCGGACGAUUCGACCAUCACGGUGUGGGAUUUGACCUCAGGGUCAAAGUCCUUCUCCAUCCUGGAGGCUCAUAACACUGAAGAGAUCACUUGCAUGGUAUUCAACACAACGGGACGGAAACUCAUCACUGGUGCAAGAAACGGUACAAUCAAGGUGUGGAACUUUCAGAACGGCCAUAAUAUCAACCAGUUUGAACCUAUUGCCGAAGCGGAAACAACUGGUUUGGUGUCUCUUGGAAAGAAGAAAGGCAUGCUGGCUGUGGGCUGGAGCAGAAAGAUUGCAUUCUAUAAUGACAGAGACUCAGACACAUUACUAGUCAAAGGUGACACAAGUUGGAAAGGUGGCCAGGUGCACAAGGACGAUAUUCUAGCCGUUGACUACUGUCCUCCAAAUCUCCUAGCUACGGCAAGUUUCGACGGAGAGAUCAUCGUUUGGAGUGUGGAGACAGAGACGAUAUUCGUCCGACUCAGGAAGGGCCAGUCGAGCCAGGUGAGUAAGAGACUUAAGGAAGCUCUGUCGUCAUUGGAGUUAAGAACAGACAAACUAAUGAAUGAGAGAGAGGAGGUGUCAUCCGCGCAUUGUUCAUCCUCAAGAGGUUCCAGUCACUCUGCGAAACCCUCAAGACCAAACUCAAGACAUCGGGCAAAACACAAGCAGCCACAGGGUUUUGAACAAGCUCCUGUUGAUAAGAUCGUCUUCUUGAAGAGUAGGAUCAUCAAUAAGGGACUGACAGAGGGCGCUGUUCUCAUCUCAAGUGAGGCAGGUUGGCUGAACUUCUGGGCCAUCUAUGGAUUCUCACAAAAUCUCAAAGGUUAUUUCUAUGGAAGCAGCUCCAUCACCCAGGAAGAAUCAGUGCUUGCCAUGGCAACCAAUCAGGACGACUCUUUGUUGAUAACGGGAGACACUAUGGGUCAUGUGUAUGUAUGGGACAUUGCUGACUACUGCCUGGUACCAACAGCUCAGCAAGAAACCAGUCGCCCAGCAUUAGUCCACACCUGGCGAGCCCACGACCUUGCCUUGGUCAGCAUGGAGUACAUUCCUCAGGAGUAUGGGUCGUUUGUACUGACCGCCUCUACAGAUCGAACGGCCAGACUCUGGACAUCGGAUGGUCACUACGUCGGGACCUUUGGACAAUCUAAGAAAUGGAACCUUAGGAAUCCUGAGACGUAUGCUCAUCCAAAGUCACCAUGGAGUCAUCUUGAAGAAGCUGCUGAGACUCAACAAGAAGUUGGAAACUUGGAGGAUGAGACGGCAGAAGAAACAGUCCAAGAUGACGUGUUUCUGGAGGAAUUUGACCAAGAACUGAACAACAACGUCACCACCUCAGUGGGAUCUCGGAGCAAAAACUACUCUGAAGAAGAUGCAGCAAUUACUCCAGAACUCCAGACCGCUCAACCCCGAGUGGAAAUCAUCGAGGACGAUGACUCGGAGUCGACCAAGAAGGAGCUAAGUCUACCGUCUAUUCUUACUUCUUCGAAAGAGGCAGUUGCUGAUUACCGGCCGAAACCAUCUGUAUCAAUUACACAGGGACAGUUUACCAGUAGUCAGUCACCGUCAAGGAGUGAAUCAAACUCACCACCGAUCAAACCUUUGCAGAUUCGAGACGAAUCGUCGUACGGAUUGACGGUCGAUGCCAUCAAGCCAAUGAGGCGGCGCUCGGUGUCGACUUGGGAGGAUGAGGUCAGCUUAAGGUCACAGAGGUCAAUGACCUUGUCCAGUUUUGGGAGCUACAGCGGCCGCUCAAGAAAGCAGUCCUCAUCAGCGCCUAGUUUACUUGGACGUCAGGUCGACCAGGAUUUUGCGAGGAUUACGUUAAGCAGACAAGAGAGAAGACAUAGAUAUGGAGAGGUUGACAUGAAAGCAACUCAGAGGUUUGGAAAACUGUGCUCCCCAUUCCAAGCCCUCACCACACUGAAAACUGAUGAAGUCCUGUUCCCAACGAGUCUGCCGAUGACCCCACGGAUGCUGACCCGAGGUCUGACCUGCACCAACGAGUCAGAGCUCCGAUCAAUGUCCAUCAGCCCCACCCCGGGGGAUUUAUGCCGUGGGGGGUUUGUAGAUCAGGCUACGUCCAUUUCACCACUGCCUGCUAUACGACGGUCAUCCAAGUCAAGCAUGAGUAGCUGA